GAGACAGAGUGUGUGUGAGAGAGAGAGAGAGAGAGAGAGAGAGAGAGAGAGAGAGAGAGAGAGAGAGAGAGAUAGACUUGAGCGGGCAUCACCACCACUGACCAGACCCUGUGUAAGAGACCUGAGAGGGCAUCAGCUAAACUCACUCCACACCACAGAGAGGUUCACCUCAGCCACUCAGCCACACACAGGAUACAAGCUCCAUAGCAGGAGUGGGAGUACAGCUCAGGAUGGCAGAGAGCGCAGGGGAGAAGCCUGCUGAUGAGAGACCCAAAUGGGAUAAUAAAGUCCAGUACAUGCUGACCUGCAUUGGCUUUGCUGUGGGCCUGGGCAACGUGUGGAGAUUCCCAUACCUCUGUCAGAUCUAUGGAGGAGGUGCGUUCCUCAUCCCCUACCUGAUAGCGCUGGUGUUUGAAGGUCUUCCUCUCCUCUACCUGGAGCUGGCUAUCGGCCAGCGUCUCCGACUGGGGAGCAUCGGAGUGUGGAACUCCAUAUCUCCUUACCUGGGAGGAGUGGGUAUGGCUUCCAUGAUAGUGUCCUUCCUGGUGGGUGUGUACUACAACACCAUCCUGGCCUGGGUUCUCUGGUACCUUUUCCAUUCCUUCCAAAACCCUCUGCCUUGGAGUGAAUGCCCCGUCAACGACGACCGCACAGGCUACGUGCAGGAGUGUGUGGACAGCACGCCCGUCAACUACUUCUGGUAUCGGCAGACGCUGAACGUGACGGCCAACAUCGAGACCAGCGGGUCCCUGCAGUGGUGGCUGGUGUUGUGUUUGGCAACGGCCUGGUGCAUAGUCUACAUCUGCUUCAUAAAAGGGAUCGAAACCAUCGGCAAGGCAGUGUAUGUAACAGCCACAUUCCCAUACCUGGUGUUGACCAUCUUCAUUGUCCGAGCUCUGACACUUCCUGGUGCAACGGACGGUAUCCUCUACCUCUUCACUCCAGAGUGGGAGAUCCUGAUGAAGCCCCAGGUGUGGCUGGACGCCGCCACUCAGAUUUUCUUCUCUCUGUCCCUGGCCUUCGGUGGCCUCAUAGCCUUCUCCAGCUACAACCCACAGAAGAAUGACUGUGAGAGGGAUGCUGUUAUUGUGGGGUGCAUUAAUAGCGCUACCUCAAUCUAUGCCUCCAUUCCAAUAUUCGCCAUCCUGGGCUUCAAGGCAACCUCAAACUACAACUCCUGUCUGGAGAGCAACAUCUUGUCCCUCACCAAUUCCUUUGAUGUUGGAGAUCAGAACAUAACCAUAGAGAACUACAACAGUUGGCUGGACAGCCUGAACAGAACUGACUCAGUCUCUGUCGCCAGGCUGAACCUGACAAAAUGCAACCUCCAGACAUUCCUGGAUCAGAGUGCAUCAGGGACAGGUCUGGCCUUCAUCGUGUUCACGGAGGCCGUGAUUUCGAUGCCGGGCUCUCAGGUGUGGGCUGUGCUCUUCUUCAUCAUGCUCUUCAGCCUGGGGCUCUCCUCCAUGUUUGGGAACCUGGAAGGGGUUCUUGCCCCUCUGCGUGACCUCAAGGUGGUGCCCAAGUGGAUGCCACCUCAACUCUUCACAGCAUUUAUCGCUCUGCUGUCAUUCCUGGUGGGUCUGGUCUUCACCAUGGGCUCAGGGAACUACUGGCUGGAGAUCUUCAACAACUAUGUGGGCUCAGUCUCCCUGCUCAUCAUCGCCUUCUUUGAGCUCGUUGGUGUCAUUGGCUUUCGUGGAAUUAGACAGUUCGGUGAUGAUAUUGAGUUCAUGACUGGGCGGCGUCCUAACCUGUUCUGGAAGGCGUGCUGGCUGGUCAUCAGUCCUCUGCUGCUGCUGGUCGUCUUUCUGGCCUACAUCGUAGUUCAGGUCCAAACCACCCCCACAUACCCCGCCUGGAACCCAGACUAUGUUGACUUCCCCCAGACAGAGGUGCAGCCCUACCCCACCUGGGUGUUCGUCAUCUGUGUUCUCCUGGUGGCGAUUCCGGUGGCACCCAUACCCAUAGUGGCCUUAUACAAAUGCAUCUCCAAUUUAUUCAGAACCACGGAAACAGACGUCCAAAACAGACCAUCAAAUCCAUACUGCAAUGAAGGCUUUGACAAGGACACAUAGA